AUGGCAUUUGAAUCCAAAUUAAGCACAGAGAUUUAUUCAGAAGAUACUACUACAGAAGUUAAUUCAAAUCAUAUUCUUUCAUCUGAAAAGAUUUUGCUCGUUGAUUCAGAAACCCAAAUCACCGAUUCUGGAAAACCAAACUACAAUCGGGUCAUAACCACUAAAUCACCUGUUCAUAGAACAAUCACCGACCUUCCACCUGCAUUAAUCUCUGAAAUCUUCAACUGCCUCGACCCAAAAGAACUCGGUGUUGUAUCCUGUGUAAAUCCAUCUUUAUACCAGAUUGCAUCCGACCACCACGUCUGGAAGCAGUUUUACUGCGAGAGGUGGGGGCUUCCGGCCGGCACCGCCACCAGCCGCUCGGUGGCCGAGUUUUCCGGCGAGAAGUCAUGGAAAGAACUUUUCGUGGAACGUGAAUUCCAUAGUAAGACAUUUAUGGGACAUUACAAUGUCGAGAUUCUUUAUGGACAUACCGAAACUGUAAGAACCGUUUUUCUUUUACCUUCUAGAAAGCUCAUCUUCACUUCGGGUUAUGAUUCCGUUGUUCGAAUGUGGGAUAUGGAAGACGGAAUCUGCAUUUCCGCCUCCCGCCCUCUCGGAUGCACCAUCCGUGCCCUUUCCGCUGAUUCCAAGCUCUUGGUUGCCGGCGGUUCCGACGGUUUUAUCCACGGUUGGCGAGCCGAAGAAGGACACCCCCGUCUUUUUGACAUAAACGGUUCUCAAGAUCAGGAUCGGAAUCGGAAUCAGAAUCGGAAUCGGAAUCGGAAUCAGGAAUUCCGACUUUGGGAACAUCAAGGUCCGAUAACUUGCCUUUCAUUGGAUCUUAUGAGAAUUUACAGCGGUUCUUGGGACAUGACAAUACGGAUUUACGAUCGUGUAUCGCUAAAAUGUUUAACAAUUUUGUUGCAUAACGAUUGGGUAUGGGCAUUGGUCCCACAUGACACGACAGUUGUAAGCACAGCGGGGUCCGAUUCAUACAUUUGGGAAACGAAUUCCGGUUCGCUUAUCGAUGUAUUCAAAGACACGCACGUCGGAAACGCGUAUUCCCUUGCCCGAAGUCACACGGGAAGUUUCGUGUUCACCGGAGGCGAAGACGGCGCGAUUCACAUGUUCGAGGUUAUAACCGAUCGUGUUAAGUCAUGGCGGCCGAUUGCGACAUGGAAUCCACAUUCCGCCCCGGUUCAUUCCCUCUCGUUUGAAUUCCCGUGGCUGGUUUCCGGUUCCGGAGAUGGGAAGCUUUCAUUGAUUGAUGUUCGGAAGCUUUUGAAGGGAAUUCGGGCGAUGAAACCGAAUAGAAGUCGGAAAGCUUUGAGUGUUGAGCCACCACAAAGAAUGUUGAAUGGGUUGGGGAAGAGUGUGUUUUCGGUCAGCAUUGGGGCUGACCGGAUUGUGUGUGGUGGGGAGGAGGGUUCGGUGAGGAUUUGGGAUUUUUCUCGGGCAUUGGAAAGAGAGAAACGGGCAGCGGCUUUGAGGGGAUUACGGGCAGAAAAUAGAAUGAGGAGACAGAAGCUACAGAAAGAGAUUGAAAGUAAAGGUGGAAGGGUUGACCAAUGUUUGAUUGCUGCGAAAAGUCAAAUGAAUGGGGAGAGAAAUGGUGUGUGGUAUAACAAACGUGGGUUGAAGGUUAAGGGUUAA